AUGGAAACUAUAAACCGAAUAGUUGAGGGGUACCAUGACCUCAUGGAUAAUCAGAGUGACCAGAGGGUUAAGGAUUGGUUCCUUAUGUCAUCACCCUUCCCAACACUAGCCAUCUGCCUCACAUAUGUCUUUAUUGUUAAAGUUUUGGGACCCAAAUUGAUGGAGAACAGAAAACCAUUCGAACUCAAACAGAUCCUCAUAUGGUACAACCUGUUUCAAGUUAUUUUUAGCUGUUGGCUCUUCUAUGAGAGUAUUGCGAGCGGUUGGUUCACAACAUACAGCUUCAGAUGUCAACCUGUCGAUUAUUCGAGGACACCACACGCCAUGAGGAUAUUCUUCGUGAUGCGUAAGAAGUUCAACCACGUGUCCAAGCUUCACGUCAUCCACCACGGCAUAAUGCCAAUGUCUGUCUGGUUCGGAGUCAAGUUCACGCCAGGUGGUCAUUCAACAUUCUUUGGUAUGCUGAACACGUUCGUACAUAUUGUAAUGUACUCCUACUAUCUACUAGCAGCCCUCGGACCUCAGGUUCAGUUCGUGCUGGUAUUUUUCCACGCCUUCCAAUUGCUUUUCAUUGAGUGUGACUAUCCGCGUGCUUUUGUUUGGUGGAUCGGAAUGCACGCAGUAUUGUUCUACUAUCUAUUCUCUGAUUUCUACAAGCAGGCUUACCUCAAGAAGGUUAAGCGAUCAAAAUCUAAAGAGAUAGAAGUAGAAUCGAAGGUUGAAUCAAAGGAUAGUUUGUAUCUGUUAAACGGCUUCAGCAAUGGUUCAGCACUUAGUGAUGUCCGGCAACGGAUGGCUGGUGCUGUUGCCUCACAGUGA